CCGCAUUACGACUGCUGCUCAAGUGUUGCCAUAACAGGCAAGCGGCUAACGCUAAUGUUUGCUAACUAAUUAGCAGAAUAGGUGAGUGGUAUUUGUUUAAACAUUUCAUACAUUUACGUCAAAUGGUGAAAGCUGCCGGGCGUGUUAAAACAACAACAAAAUGGUGAUGGCAAGCGGGUUGUCACUCUUUUCUAUAAUUAUUUGGGCCUUGUCAGUCAGCUACUGCCCAAAACCUACCAGCUAGUCGAGCAGCUGCUAGCCUUUGUAGCUAGCCAGCGACUGUCAUAGCGUUUGUUUAUGUUGGCUGUUCGACAGCUGGUGUUAUAUUUAUAAAUUACAUAAUCUAAUUAAACUGCGUAAUUAAUAGCGUGCGGCUAUUACAAUGUGCAUUAUCUGUAUUCAGUAGACUUAAAAGCGUUUGGUUAUUUGUAUUAAAAUGUUAGCUGUGUUACGGUCUCUGUUAGCCGACUGAGUCAACUCUGAAGCGCUGAGUUUAUACGAAUUGUAUUUACAACACGAGAUUAGGUGUUUCUGUGAUCACACCAGUGGCUAUAUAAAGUCUUAGAUUAACAUAAUGUUUAUUUACCUGAUGAUUACCUUGAUUUUAGAGACGGUAGUGGAGAAACACGGAGGUAAACAGCAGGCCACAGAGAACACAGUGUCCCUGCCUUUCGUGUCGUCCAGGCCUUGUUAGUUGUUAGCAGUGUUACAGCAGGCCAAACUUUUAAUCUGGGCGGUGUUGUGUUGUGUUUUCUCUCUUCAUGACACCUUUUCUUUCAGCUGUUAAAGGUCAUUUUUAACAUUGCACCUUAGACCUUGGGUUGUCUCGUUCAAGAAACAUCUGUAUCUGUAUCAUGAGUGUCAAUAUUAAAUCAGUUCAACCAAACCCUGCAGGACACUGAUUUGUGACCAUGAUGUAAGAGGAUCCGACUUUGUCAUUAGGUCCUCAGUCUAUUUUUACUUUUUUUUUGGGGUGAUUAUAUUGCUGCAAACUACAGACUUAACUAAAGAAACAUUAGGUGGUUAAGUCUGACAUUUCUAUUAGAUGGGCUUAUGUAAGUAGUUGAGGAUUUUGAGGUUCUUUUAAAUUAUUUGUCACAUAGAGGGCCCAGAAAUGUGUUUUUCUAGUACUUAGUGACUAUUUCAUGUAGAAAAAUAAUUUGUUAUGUUAAAAAAUGAGAGGAAUCGACCGACCAACAAUAUAAUUUGAUCUCUAACUAUUUAAAAUAAAGUUUUUUUUUUAUUAACUUUGUGGGCGAAAUUGACUUACUACUUCCAGCUGGUCAAUUUUAAGAAAAUUAAAAUCUUUCAGUUUCAAGCUGUUUGUCAGACAAACCAAACAAAAGGAAGAAAUGGCAAAGGGGCUAAAUGUAACUACAAUCAGCAUUAAACAUUAUUUAAAAAAAUACAACUAAUGACUAAUUGUUUUUUUCCCAACAAAUUUUAAACCCCUUUUAAACCCUUUUAUUUGGUAUGGAUUUUUGCCUCAGAAAAGAAGUAUAUCUUUGGCCAUUUAACAGUUUCGGGAUUAGAUCUUUUUCCUUCUUGUUGUGUUUUCUCUUUCAUGUCUAGGUGUUGUUGUUGUGUGCGUGAGUGUUCCAGUCUGAAUCAUGGAACAGUGUGCAUGUGUUGAGCGGGAGCUGGAGAAAGUGCUCCAUCGUUUUGUAAUAUACGGCCACCAGUCUGAGGAGAGGCUAGACGAACUCCUGCGCAGUGUUUGUGAGAUACGAGGACAGCUAGUUGCUUUCGGAGUACAAGAUGCAGACUUAUCAGUGCUAUCUCAGACUAUGGCACAGUGUUGUAAGAAUAUCAAAGAAACAGUGCAGAUGUUAGCCUCCCGACACAAGGACAUCCAUGGCAGCGUGUCAAAAGUUGGCAAAGCCAUUGACCGGAAUUUUGAUGCAGAAAUCAGUGCUGUGGUCGCAGAGACAGUGUGGGACACACCAGAGAGACAGAAAUACCUGAGUGAAACCAUUGUGGAGCACCUGUACAGACAAGGGAUGCUCAGUGUAGCAGAGGAUCUCUGUCAGGAGUCUGGUGUAGUUAUAGAUAUGAGCAUGAAGCAGCCUUUCCUGGAGCUCAACAGAAUCCUUGAAGCACUGAGGAUGCAGGACCUCAGGCCAGCACUAGAGUGGGCGGUGACGAAUCGGCAGCGGCUUUUGGACCUGAACAGCAGUCUAGAAUUCAAGUUGCACCGCUUGUACUUCAUCUCCCUGCUCGGUGGCGGAAUCAGCAACCAAAUGGAGGCCCUGCAGUACGCCAGGCACUUCCAGCCAUUCGCCUCCCAGCAUCAGAGAGAUAUUCAGAUCUUGAUGGGCAGUCUUGUGUACCUGCGUCAUGGCAUCGAUAACUCUCCGUAUCGCAGUCUGCUGGAGACGAAUCAGUGGGCAGAGAUCUGUAACAUCUUCACCAGGGAUGCCUGUGCUUUACUUGGCCUUUCUGUAGAGUCUCCACUCAGUGUUAGUUUUGCAUCGGGCUGUAUGGCCUUGCCAGUGCUGAUGAACAUCAAGCAGGUUAUCGAGCAGAGACAGUGCAGUGGAGUCUGGACGCACAAAGACGAGCUGCCUAUCGAAAUUGACCUCGGGAAGAAGUGCUGGUACCACUCUGUGUUCGCCUGCCCGAUCCUCAGACAGCAGACCUCAGAGAGUAAUCCUCCCAUGAAGCUAAUCUGCGGACACGUCAUCUCCAGAGAUGCCCUCAACAAGCUGACUAAUGCUGGGAAGUUGAAAUGUCCAUACUGCCCCAUGGAGCAGAAUCCAUCACAUGCCAAGCAGAUCUACUUUUGAUAUCGCACACUCUCCUCCUGAGUAAGGAUGAAGUUCCCUGGAGCUCUUUGCUUUUCCAGGACCAUUUGCUCUGGCCCUUUUUCUUCUGUCCCUGGCCUCUUGGCCUAUUUCUGUAAGCAUUAAGGUUUUAUCCCAGUGCUCCUCUGGACAGCCUUGGCCACCCUUUAAACCCACCUUGGACCAUCCAACUUUGCGUAGUAUACAGAGAGAGUCCAGCGGGGAAGGUCCAACUACAACAUUGUAGUAGAGUGAGGAGUGUGUCAGUAAUGAGAACCGCCUCACAAAGAUGCACCACUGAAAAAGGAUCAUUCAUUGAAAGUCAUUUGCAAAUGCCUGGAAAGUUAUAGGCUUAUCUUUUUAAGGUGUGUUCUACUUUGUGUUUGUUUUCUUUGCUUUAGCGACUGUUUGAGUUGAAUGACUGCUUCCUUUUUUUCUUUUGUUUUUGUGACAGAAGCAGUUGAAUGGUUAUGGAUGGGUGAGUGUGGGUAUGAAUGGCAUAGAUCAGCGGUUUCUGAUUUCAGAAGGUAAUAAACUUCUAUUUAACACAAGGAAAACUACAGAGAACAAAUGGUGUUGAAGCUGUAUUAUUUGCAGGUAAAGGGACAUGUGGAGGUCUAUCUUGAAUUGAGCUCUAUUGUGACCCUGGUUACUUAAUGUUAUAAAGGCCUCACGUAGCUUGAAACUCACUGAUGGAGGAUGUUGAAUAGUAGAAAAAUUCACUCAUCAAAGGUGGAACAGCUUUUUUUCUUUUUGGACUGACUGCACCAGCAAGAUUUUCCUCAUUGUAGAUGCCAUUUGUCUUGUUCCAUGUAUGUAUUUAACAAUGACUAAAAGGAAACAAAAAAUAUAUACUACUGUGAAAUGUGCUUUGUUUCUACUUUUCAUUGCAACUGCCACAUGUAAAAUAGUCAAUUAAACUCAACAGCAAAAUACAUUUAUCAACCCCACUGGUAACUUUCGCAAUUAACGACACGACAGGUAACGACUCUGUUGUGCGAUCACGUCACACUGCCCCGCCUUGUGUACCCUAAGCUUGCACACCAUGUGAUUUGGAGAUGUAAAGUGGUGUGAUGGUAGCCGUAUGGUCUGACUUGCAGUGGCUGUAGGCUUGUGAUUCAGCUUUACUCGUCGUGGGUGGGGACGUCCUAUUAUCAUUGUGGCUGUUGUUUACUAAUAUACUUAGAAAAUGCCUCUGCUGCGUAGGUUUUUGCUUUUAUUUGAGAGCGAGUCAGAAAAGAAACAUAGAAAUCCAUACAUUUCCUCAGGGCUCAUUGUUACAGUUCAUACCACACUUUGCAGUUAGUAUUAAAGGUGUAGAUUUAUUUAAGGAACACAUUAAAACAAAGAUUACACAGAUUUUACUAUAAAGGCUGAUAGUUUGGGUGUUACAGGACUUUGUAUAUAUUAUUCAACUGGUGAUGUGUAUGCAUACACUUGGGUAAAGCGUGUCACAACGUCUAAGGCAUUUGUCUGUAGAAUACUUGUAGUGCAAGUUCCUGUUGUCCUCUUUACAAUCGUGAUGUCAACUCACACUCUAGUGAGGCUCAUUUGUUCAGCAGUGCACCAGCAUAGCUCACACAGACGAUGCAACUUCACAAUAGGUUUAAGUUCAGAGUUUAGCAAAAGCCUUUUAUCUUGGUUUCAUUUGGAAUGCGUUAAAGCACAUGUUUUGUGUGGACUUUCACUGAAUUUCCUCUGUUUUUCCUUCUUUCUUUGACAAUCAUUCAUCGCUUCUUCGAGUGAGUGUUCCUUCAGAUAGACCGCUAGCGCUUCAUACUUCUGGCAUUCAUUUUGUUGAAUGUUUUUUUUUUUUUUUCUUUCUGUUUUUGUGUGUGCAACUUUUAUUGUAAAUAUUUAUCCUCUAACAUGUUUCAUAUACUUGCAUCUGAAAUUAAAAUAAAAGUUUAUACUCCAAGGGGA